UUUUUAUCGAAAAACUUGAAACAUUGUCUUUCCGCGUUGGAAAGCACCUAUAAAUGCUUGCGCAUCCUGCUUGUCUCCACUGUUCCUCUUAGUGUUUAUGUUCAUAUUCAUUUUGGCGUAAGAAGUAAGAAAGUGCAGGUGGUUCACUACAGUUGUUCUUUUCCUAAGGACGCAGUUCCAAUUCUACAUCGUAUAGAUUGAAGGAUAUUGAAUGCUGAAAAGACGAAAAACAGAAAAGAAGAUGGCGGCACCUCAUCCGCAAGAUGGCCAUGGGCAUCACAAGCGCGCCGCUUUGGCUGCGAGCAAGAGUGUUGCGCAGAUUAAAUAUGAUCAGAAGCGCUUCGAGCAUUUGCUCGGACAAGAAGACCGCGAGGGGCAUGUUGCACCGGCGACACGCAAAUUGUUGCGUCAACGCUCUUCGUUCUUCACCGACGCGCACGACCCCGCUACAGGAUUUCCGAUCUACCUGCCUCCAGGCCAGAUUCGCAGCGGGCGCACUGUCCGUGGAAAGAUGGGCUACCUUGUGCGCUUGCCCGCCGACUUCGACCCCGCGAAGAAGUACCCCUUGCUCGUGUACUUUCACGGAGGAGCGACCUUCGCGGCAGCGGACGCCCCGUUCCCCGAAAAGAUCCGCCAGGAGGGCCAUGAGCCGGACGAUCCGUGGAAUCUGUUGGAUCACGACAUCUUGGCCUUUGAGAAGGGUUGCAUCUUUCCCCUCGUUGCGCAGGGUGUGCACGGAGUCCCGUCGCCGGAGGACCUUGCCGCGCAAGAGAGUGGUGGCAAGACCAGCCUCGAGGAAAGAAUGGAGGUGCACCGGCAACACUCACGGGAAGCGGAAAAAGAUGCGUUGCCCUUGUCGGGAGACUGUGUCAUGCUGGCUCCGCACGUGAACAAGGGGCACCUGGAUGACGACAACGGGUGGUGGCAGUGGACGUACCCGGACGCGCUGGAGAACACCAUGGACAUGAUGGACCUGCUCUUGAACCAGGGCGUCAGUGUCAAACUUGAGCCACCCGCGUAUGACGGAUCGUCGGACGGCGCAAAUUCGCACAAGAUUCAGCUAGACCCGCAGCGUAUCUACCUCACGGGAAAGAGCGCUGGAGGAACGGGCUGCAUUUCCACGGCACUGGCGAUCAACGGCUACGACUUCUUCCGCUGGCCGAACCGGCAUGACUUCAAGGCCCUGUGCAAGGACUGGAAAGUCGCUGGCAUUGCUGCAGUUUGUCCGAAAGUUGGGCGCAACAACCCACACCACCCCCAUGAGGGCGACGAUUACGGCCUCUACGACAAAUUGGGCGUUCCGCACCCGACGCCUGCGCAGCAGGAGCUUGAGCACUGGCUGAUGACUCCCUACUACCCGUCUCCCCAGCCACACGCGGAGGACGAUGCGAACAAAGCCGGCGGCGACAGAAAAAACGUGGACUGCCACUUGACUGCGCACAUUGUUCACGACGACCAUACGAAUGACGUCUUGGUUCCCGAGAGCGCGGGAGGGAAGUACGUGAGCGAUGACGCAACGCGCCGCAUCCAAGGUCUGCUCCGACUGCAGAUUCCUAUUUGGAUUUUUGUGGCGGAGGAAGACAAGUGGCACGCCGAGGUCUACGCGGAUCACUUUUUUGAGACCUGCAAGGCUGCGUUGGUCGAUAAGAAAGUCGAUCCCUCUGUGGACGCUUUCAAACCAAGUACGGCCGCAGACGAUAUCCUCAGCCAAAAGUACUUCUGUGCGACCAUUGCGGACUUUUCGGGCAAGCCUGGGGCAAAGCGCGUGCAGGACAUUUGCCUAGCGUCGACGGGAGAAACGCGUGUGCGCUACACUAAGUAUUACAAAGAGUGCGAAUACGGACAUGCAAGCUGGGUAGCUGCUUACCAGGAUCCACACUUCUGUAAGUGGUUUACGGCACACGACAGCGCAAGAAGUGCGCAAUUGUGAGAGGAAAUCGAAUGCCGACAUCGACAAAUACAAAUGUAUUAUAGUCCAGUGGAAGCGGAAGAUGAUGAGGAACAGGAAGAUGAAAGUACUUAUUUUUAUUGAAGAUUUUUUGUGAUAAUAGUGAGCCGGCACCCCUGCUGCAGUGCUACCACAUGCGUCUAAGUUUAGUGAAAAUUUCUUUCUAUUCAUGAAACACCAGCGUAGCAUUCAAAUCCUAUCCUAUCCUACACCAGCGUUAGCGUAGCACUAGCAGAAAGCAUACCAAUAGAGCUGCGAGAAUAGUAUUCGAAUCGUGUGUAGAUGACGGAAAAGGGAUUUGAAAAGCUUUGCGUGAAAAUGAAAUCGUUGAUUCUAAGCCAGACUCAGUGCGGUUCAGUUCCUCGCUAAGGGCAAGAAGACGAGUCUGGCAGUCCGAUCUUUUUUGGGUUUUUGGUCCAACUUGAUUAAGAAAAUAUGGCAUCGAGCGUAAGCGUAUGAUGGUCAUCGUGAAACUCAUGGUAGGUGGACAAUAUAUAAGAACAAAUAAUCUGAUGAAGUAACAAACUAGAAGUACUCAAGCAGUCGCAUUUAUUGCGAUGUUUGACGCAAAGCCACGAGG